GUAUGUUAUGAUAGUGGUUAAGAUAUAUUAAAAAUGGGUCAACAUUCUGAUAGUUAUUAAAAGCACUAGAAUUUUAUAAUUGUAAAGAUAAUAAUUACCCUCUUUGUGAUUAAUAUUAUUUGCUUAAUAAUUUGUAAAAAUAAUAAAACAUCACCGCACGCUAAAUACACAAUGACUGAAUAUUGGAAAUCACAAGCUCGGAAAUACUGUGAAUUUUGUAAAUGUUGGUUUGCUGACAAUAAAGUUUCAACAUCAUUCCACGAAAAUGGCAAAAAACACAAAGAUAAGGUCCAAGAACAUAUUUCGAAACUUAGUAAAAAAAGUGCAAAAGAUUUCAAACAAAAAGAAAAAAUGGAUGAUGAAAUAAAAAAAAUGGAGGCUGCUGCUAUGACUGCAUACAUAAAAGAUGUUCAGAACAAUGCAGAUUUAACUUCACAGAAUAUAAACCAAAUGUUGGGGGGAGAUGGAAGUAAUAAAAGCAACCCAAAAAUUGUGGUCAGCGAGAUAGGAACCAAAUCUGAACCUAUUUGGCAUGAAGUGAAGAAUCAAGAUGGUAGCUCUUAUUACUGGAAUACAAUUACAAGUGAAACAACAUGGGAACAACCUGACGAAUAUUUUUCAAUUGUUGAACAAGAAAAGAAAAAACAUAAAGAAGAGCAAGCAGAAAUAAAGAAACAAAAUUUAAAAAAAGAAAAACACAAGGAAGCCAUUAAAGAAGUCAAAGCACACAUGGCACGCGAGAAGAUGAAGGAGAGAGCAGUGAAAAAGGAUGAAUCGGUGCUGACCAAGAGUGCAGUUGACUACGGUCCGGCUCCACGCGCCUCAAAACCGUAUGGAACAUGGACAGAAAUUGUUAAAGAACCAGCAAAAACCGUUGACCUUCAGCUACCGAAGACAAAAGAGUUACCUCCGCCACCAGUUGUCGUGGAACCUGAAAAGUUUCAAUUCAAGGAGAAACGUGUUGAAACCCUGGGCGAAGGCCCCGUCGAGUUCAAAAAACGAAAGCUUAAUAAUACAAAGCGUAAUAUGAGACAGAAAGUAGACGAUGAAUAA